AGGCGUACUUCGUCGUUUCUCUUUUCCCCUGCUAGUGUUUGGUUCUUGCUCGCAACCGAAACGACCGCUGGGCCACCAAAAUAAGCAAUCAUACACGGGGGCAUGGCGUUCAUGACCAUGAAGACCUCACGAAAAUGGAUCCGGAUAGUGUGCCURCUCGUGAACGUCUCCAUUAUGGCCCUCCUCUUUUUCCCGAUAUCCUUCGGCACGCCGUCGCCCGAAACGGAAACGACGACCCAAGACAUCUUAAACACGUUUUUAAGUGCGGGAGCGAAGAACAGGAACAACAGAAGAAACAACCCAUUCGAAUCGAUGUGGAACACCAUCAAAGACAUUGUCGGGGGCACAACGAGUGGUGUGAAAUCGCCAUCAACGGACGGUCUCUCGCACUCGCACUCGCACUCGCAGCACACUUCGAUCGACGAUCUGACGAAUCGGCGUGGCUUUCUAAUGGAGAAAACCCUGGAAGAACACUAUGCGUCUCAGUUUUCCGAUUAUUGGCCGGAACUGAAGAAAUACAUGAACCGAGCCCAGCAACAAGAGACAGCAAUAGCCUCAUCGACCCCCCCGAAGUCAACUUCAACGGCGGUUAGUGCUGAGUCCGAAUCGAAGACGGGCAACCUUCGGUGGAGGCAACCCGACAAACACACUGGAGAUACCUCGUGUUGUUGCUUUUCAGAGAGUGUCGAUUCCCAUUGGUCGUUCCAGUGGUGUCCAGAAGCGCUAACUAUUUACCAGGGACGACGACAGGGGAGUGGCGUGCUUCGUCCCAACUACAACCUGGGCUCGGUACAUGUUUUGUCGUCCGAGACCCCAGAAGAAAAUAAAAUCAUGGCAGAAAGCGUAGAAGACGCGAAUCGUCUCGCGACAACCGCAAGAAUGAUGUAUCCAACCGCUGAAUCCAUUCGUCMAUAUGUAGGCGGAGAUAUUUGUGUCGAAGGAGGGUCGAAACGCCGAUCGUCCGUUGUUGUCAUUCACAACAAUACCUCCGAAAAGUGUAGAGAAAGAGAAGGGAGAGAGAUGAUCCUAGAAAACGUCGAGGAAAUUCGUCUUUGCCAGUACAUCUUGCACGUUUGCAAAGCUCGUCCUGAGAAACCAGAAAAAAUGGACAAUGCUAUCAGCCGUGGCGAUGAAAACACUCCACCGCCUUUAGAUGCAGAGAUGAAUUUUCUGACAGAAUCUGGUAUGAAAGAAAUCAAUGAAACAUUGCACUACAUCCAAAACCAUGUCACCGAUGCAUUUACACGAAAAUCGCGCGCGGACGCACGGGGCAAGACGAGAGAGAACAUUGUCACAUCUUUGCGGGCUGCUCUGCCACCGCUGCCCAAGACAAGGAUCGAGGGCAACCUGAAACUGAUCAAAGAUAUGUUCACACACGCAUACGACAGUUACAUGUAUCACGGAUACCCAGCCGCAGAAGUAAAACCUAUCACUUGUUCGCCAGCUGAUUUCAAGCUCGUCCAGAUUCCUGGAUUGACACUUAUCGAUAGUCUUGAUACGUUGGUUAUCCUCGGGAACUACACAGAAUUUGCAAGGGCUGUGGAACGUUUAAAGUACUUGAACGACAACGUCUAUGACUUAACAGGCUUGCCUACUACCGGGGAGGGUCUUUUCAGUCUCAACCAUAAUGUGAGCGUUUUUGAGACGAACAUUCGAGUUCUUGGUGGGCUUCUGUCUGCGCAUCAGCUUGCUAUAGCUUUUCUUGAAGGCAAAGUCCUACAAAAAGACGUUCGGGCGGAGGACGACACUAUCUUGGUCGGGGGCUAUCUUACAAAGAAAGAAAAUUAUGGUUGUGAUGAAAUAAAAGACACCAAGUGUCAACAUCACGCCGAUCGUCAUUGGGCAUACGAUGGGUUCCUUCUGAAUCUAGCUAAAGAUAUUGGCGACAGGCUGCUUCCAGCAUUCAAAACGAAGACUGGUAUACCGUACGGAACUGUGAACUUACUGAACGGAAUUCCGGAAGGUGAAACACCGAUUGCCUCACUUGCAGGCGGAGGGACUCUUUCACUUGAAAUGGAGCUAUUGAGUCGACUCACUGGCAACAAUGACUAUGGGCGUGCAGCCAAGCUCGCGACAAGAGCACUUUGGAUGCGGCGGUCUCCUAUCGGGCUUCUUGGGAAACACAUUUGCACAAGAGAUGGGUAUUGGGCUGAGACUUUGAGUGGAAUAGGCUCGAAUUCAGAUUCCUUUUACGAAUACUUGAUCAAGCAUCACAUUCUUUUCCCCGAGGAUUCUGAUUUCUGGUUGCAGCUACUAGCGGCGUAUGGCGGACUUCACAACCAGACUCGAAUAGGGGAAUGGUAUGGCGAUGUGGAUAUGUAUAAAGGACGAUCACAAAGUGGUUCACCUCGAAGGGUUCUCGAGGCACUGAUGGCUUUCUAUCCAGGAAUGCAAGUCCUCCUCGGCGAGGUUACACCGGCAGCGAGGACGUUGAAUUCUUUUUUCUUGGCGAGAGAAUAUCUUGGAUUCCUUCCAGAGAGAUUCCAAUUUGGAUCCUGGAGAGUUGAUUACGGUGGAGGAAAACAUCUCUUGCGCCCGGAGCUUUUAGAAAGUGCUUAUUUCUUGCACCGGGCUAGCAAAGGAUUUCAAACUCAAUUCCGUUCUAGCCCUGGUAAUCAUUCAGUAUCAGAUGGGUCUGGAUGGCUCUGGUCUGGUGAUUUUGCUUUGCAUCUAAUUGAAAAACUCACCCGCUCGAAAUGUGGAUAUGGUUCUCCACGAGAAGUAUCACCCGAAACAUCAGGAAAACUAGAAGCUGAUAGAAAUCAAGUCAGGCUAACGAACGAAAUGCCAUCUUAUUUCUUGAGUGAGACGCUGAAGUACUUAUAUCUACUCUUCGACGAGAACAAUAUAUUACACACAGACGAGGAACGCGACUGGGUGUUCACUACUGAAGCACACCCAAUCCACCACGAGCAGCGAGAGCAAUCGGUCACCGACAAACUUGUGAAKCAAAAAGAAGAACUGAAAUUGAGAAUUCGAAGAAGAUUAGAAAAGCGGGAAAAGCGGGUGCAUGAUGUAAACGAAGGCUUGAUCUACGAAAAAUGGACCGCCACAAGUAAAAUUGGAGAUUUUGUGUCUCAAUUGGAACCUUUGAUGGCAAAUGAUAAAGCGACGUAUCGAAGUAGAAGAACAAAAGAGCACUAUGUUUCACAGUUUCCCAACAUAUUCCCGUCCUCAGUUGAACGGCUUUUCUCUCACGAAAAUUCUUGGAGUCCUUUUGAUGUCUUCAAUGAAAGAUUUCAAAUGACAAAUCCUGCCUACUUAACGUUCCAACCACUUGGAAGUCAAUUACAGCUUAUCAGUUCUUGUCCCAACCUGUACAAUAGCAACUUUUUAUGGCUCCGAGCUUUGAACGGCGGCAUUGCUGAUUAUUCUGAUGCUUACAAGUCAAGAACGAUUGAUACUUUUUCAGCUCAUGAAAAUGACAUGAUACAACUUGGUUCCAUUGAUGCUCUUGGUCUUCACGGUGCUGGCGUUCAUAUUGAGCACCUUUAUGAUGCUUUCUUUCGCUGUCCAGUCCGAGACGAGAAAAAGCAAAGCGAUGCCAAGAAGUCCAAUGUAGUGCAAAAUGGAGUACAAAAAGGAACGCUAAGUAACGGUUCAACUCGUUUCGAAAUGGGGAAUGGAAUGGGGAGUUUUGACAUUUCUUCUUUCCCAGGAGGUAGUGGAUUUUAUGUAAAGCACGUCGAGAGUGGAGAGACAUAUAUUACAACAUUGAUUGAAGGGGCAUUGGCUAGCACCAGUGGUCCUUUAAUAUUAGUGUACGCGAAAGAUGCAGAAACUGAUCUGGCAGAUCAGACUACUACUUCGAAAGGGAACAAAAAAUCAUCUCCGACAUCUGAUUUUGGAACUCAUGAUUCUCGAUCUGUUGUCCUGGCGGACAUUCACGGCAAUUCGUAUUCUUGCAGUGUCAAAAUUAUCGAGUCAACACCGAUACGCGACGGAGACACUUGUACUAAUGAUGAAACCGGAGCGAAUGUUUGCGUCUCUGAACCGCACGAGAUUGUAUCGAAAAACGAGCAGAGGAUUGUGCGCGAGUUCCCUUGCUCACCGGCACUCUUUGGCCCAUCCAACAUCGCAAAUCUUGAGAAAAUCAAGAACCUCGAGGUACAUGCGAAACUUCAAGCACCAGACAAUACCGAUUUGUAUGGCUGCGGUCGUUUCUCAAUCAGCUCGUCUUCUCUUGGGAGUGAGAACGAACUGGAUCCAUCUGGAAGCGUUUUAUCGAUAGUUCAUCGAGGAGAUUGCACUUUUCAAGAAAAGGCGUUCAACAAGAAAUUUUCUGAUGGUGCCGAAGGUGUUAUCGUGAUCAAUGGUAAAGAUGGGGACGACCUCUUUGUGAUGUCAGGAGGUGGGUCGAAAGAAUUAGCGAAGUUGGAUACCAUAGACUAUCCAGUGACGGUCCUAUUUACGAAUGAUGACGGGCAAGAGCUCCUUGAUAUGAUGAAAUCACGCGAGAAUGGUGCUGAUUCGGAGCUUAGUGCUAGGAUAUCGAUCGCCCACGAUCGAUUCCAAGAUGAUUCGCAAGCCAACAACAGCGCUAAAAAAGAAAAUCAAGUUUGGCCUCGAGUGAGAGCGAGCUCCGAAUGGCUCGAAAUUUAUUCUAAAUCCGGUUGGGGAAUUCAAGCCGUUCAAAACGUUUUGGACGAUGAAAGUGGCGACGUCGAAAAGGCGCAGCUCUCUUGGCAACUCUAUCUUUUUAGACACAAUGUAGCGGAGGAUAAAACUGAGGAGGAUAACGUGCCAUAAUUUUGAAGAAAAUUGGAGAAUACAGUCAACCUGUAUGGCCAAAUUGACUCAUGGACAUAAAUUGCGCGACAUGAU